AUGGAGAACACAGAGGUUAUUUGGUGCUCAAGCAGCUAUAUUAGACCAGAAAAUUCAGAUUUGGAGAGUGAGCAAAAAUCUAUUGUUACUGAAUCUAUACUGGAAACCGAAUAUAGAAUUGUGUCAGCAGAGGAUUUAGAUGGGGUCCCAUUAUCUGGAAAUGAAAAAGUCUUUGCAGAACAACAUCUAUGGAGUAUUCAACUUAAUUCGACUCAAAAUUCCAAAAUUACGGAAUUUCAAGAAAGUAUAGUUAAAACAAGUUAUUUAGGAAGGCAAAUGAAAGAUGACAAUACAGUUUUUUUCAACAAUUGGGGAAAAAUAGGAAGAGUUGUUCUUUUCAUAUACAUAACUUUGUUAUCUAUAUUACAAGAUAUUACAGGAAUUGUGAUACCAAAUUCUAUCUACAAGUUAGAAUUAUCUGGGCCAGAGUUAAAUAUAGUAUCAGAGACUCCAAGUAUUGCUCAUCUUUAUCCAUAUUAUUGGAAAUAUAUAUUGGAACCAGCUAGAUAUAUAAUAUCUAUGUUAUUCUACUUUAUUUGGGGAAUUGAACUUACUCCAAAAAAGGAGUUUGAUAACAAAGAUGAAGAUUACAGAGAAAAAUCAGUUAGAGAAGAGGGAAUUACAUGGAUACCUCGUACUUUAAAUAUGGUUCAUCCUAUUAAUCAUUUAAAUAAUCCUAAAUGUGGGAUUAGUAUCUAUUCAAAACCAACAGAAAGUACAAUCAGAACAUGUAAAGGAUUACGAACAUCUACAAGGGAACACAGAAUUAUAUGCAAUUUAACUCAACCUGGUGACAACAACAAAAGGAUUAGGUUUGUUGCAAUAAGACCAAUAGGAAACGUCAUAGCAAUAGGUUACUCAAAUUCCGUGACAAUAUGGGAAUACAAACCUUCAAUAUUAACUAAUGGGAAUUCUUCGAUAAACCAAUUAAGUUCAAUUAAUGGUGGAUUACGAUCCUUAAAUGAGAAUUUAAAUUUAAAUGGAAAGUGGAAUUACAUAUACUCAGUUGAUCUUUUCAAGUUGAAUAGUAUUUCCUGGUCAAAUGAUGGUUCAUCUCUGUAUAUUGGAGAUGGUUCAUCAAUAAGAGAAUUUUAUUAUAUUUAUUUGGUUACACAAGAUUCAAAGAAAUUGGGUUAUCAUAUCAAUUCUGAAAAAUUCAUUAAUAAUGGUAAUGUUGUUGCAAGAGGACCAACUAUAGCACAUGACUGUGUUUCAAUUGCUGUAUCUGGGACAUUCUCAUUAAUAGGGACAAUUUGGGAAGGUGGAUAUUUUAGGAUAUAUGAUACAUCUACAUGGGAAAACAUACAAAUUAUUCACAAGUUUGGAUUGAGGUCAAAAACAUUUAUUCCAAAAGUUGAGUGUGUAGAUAAUUUGCUUGAUAAAGACUCAUCAAGCUUCAUUUUUGCAGAUGAUCAAAGUAUAUAUGAGACUUUACUAAUUAAUCAAGAGUUAACUGAGAUAAGAAAAUCAAAAAUUCUUAAUAUUGGUUCAAUUUCUGAAUCUCAGAUUUCUAAUGGAAUAAGACUAAGGGAGCUACCAAUUCAUUCGAGGAACCGUGAGAAGACUAUUUUGAAUUUUUCCACAACUUUCCAAAGAGUUGCAAUAAUAUAUAAGGAAUCCAACAUGGUUUGGUUAUACUGUUAUUUAAUGUCCACUGAUACUCCUAGUAAACUGAUGUUAAUUGGAGUUAUUCAAGAUUUUGGGAUUCCCUUGCAAAUAAGUAUGCAAACUAUAAAUGAGUCCAAUCAUCUUGUUUCUGGAACUUUGUUAUCCGUCAAAUGGCAAAAUUUAGACAGAUUUAAUAGGCAAAACUUCCAAGUUACUCAGAAUACUGAAGCUUUACAAGCAACUAUUAAGACAUAUCCUUUAUUUCAUUAUCUACAGUGA